AUGGUAUACGAUUGUAAUGCAUUGGAACGGCGGUCACCUAAUAAACUCAGUUUACGGAACGAAAACAACCAUAUUUCUUUGGGCGACUUGAUUAAUUACAUAUUUGUAUUACAACAAAAUUCAGACCGGAAUUCUAAUACACAAGUGACACUACUGUUAUUCUUCGUUGUACCAGCUGACACAACUGAGUUGCACAGGUUACCAGCUACAAGUCCUUGGUGGAGAAGUCUCAGUGGUUUGCUAGUUAAUUCUGUGUAA